AUGCCUUUCCUUCUUUCUCCCUCCAUAGUCCUAGAGAGAAACAAAGAGAAAGGGUCAGUUAAUUACUCUUUAAAACUAAAACAAAUUCUGCCUUUGUUAAUCUUUCUUUUCCCUCCUUUUCCUCUCACCCUCACAGUACGUUUCCUUCCCUUUUUCUCUGCUUCUCGAUCCCCACUCUCCCAAACAAAAAAGCCUUCUCUUUGAAAGAGAAGCGAAAAGGAAGAAAACAAUCAGUCCGGACUAUGGAUGGCGGUGUUCCGUACAACCCACGUUCCGUUGAAGAAGUCUUCCGGGAUUUCAAGGGUCGUCGAGCUGGCAUGAUUAAAGCCCUUACUACUGAUGUGGAGGAAUUUUACCAGCAGUGUGAUCCAGAAAAGGAGAAUCUUUGCCUUUAUGGAUUUCCUAGUGAGCAGUGGGAAGUGAAUUUACCUGCAGAAGAGGUGCCUCCGGAGCUUCCAGAACCCGCACUGGGUAUUAACUUUGCGAGAGAUGGAAUGCAAGAAAAGGACUGGUUGUCUUUGGUUGCUGUGCACAGUGAUGCGUGGUUACUCUCUGUGGCUUCCUAUUUUGGUGCUAGAUUUGGAUUUGAUAAAGCUGAUAGGAAACGCCUUUUCAAUAUGAUAAAUGAUCUUCCAACAAUAUUCGAAGUUGUGACAGGAGCGGCUAAGAAACAGAUGAAGGAGAGGUCUUCGGGUCUAAAUCAUAGCAGCUACAAAUCUAAGUCAAACUCUAAGCAAGGUUCUGAAGCUCAACCCAAAUAUUCAAAGCCAGUGCCACCAAAGGAAGAGGAUGAUGAUGAUGAAGAAGAUGAGGAGCAUGGAGAUGCAUUAUGUGGGGCUUGUGGAGAAAAUAAUGGAGCUGAUGAAUUCUGGAUUUGCUGUGACAUAUGUGAGAAAUGGUUCCAUGGAAAGUGUGUCAAGAUUACACCAGCUAAGGCAGAGUACAUUAAGCAGUACAAAUGCCCAUCGUGUAACAACAAGAGAGCACGGCCUUGAUGACGGCCAGUUACUGUCUCGUGUGUGAAUUCUAUCAUUGUGGACUUUGCUAGCUGCCUAGAAGCCUCAAGUAUUUUCUUAGUCAAUUAUGUUCCUUUGUCUUGGCAUAUCUUUCAUAGACUUUAUGUGUGGGUCGCAAUUCUCUGUUUAAGUUUAUUAUAAAAUAGGAUGUUAUUAAGGCCGGGAA